GCAGAAAAAGCUUUUCGUUCGGACACUUGUUUCUUUUCCGCCAUGGGUAAUUCCAAACCAAAGCAGCAAUCCGCUACAUACUUGUCGUCCACGUCUACCUUAAGACAUGCUACGGACAGAGAACGAGAGAGAGACAAGAGAACUAAACCAGCCGCCCUUACCAAGGAGUUCCAAACAAUCGACUUUGAUACCGUGGAUACCAGUGUCUUGCGCAAAUACAAGAGAGUCUACAAGAUCAAAACGAGAAGCAAAAACGCUGAUAGGGAAGAGUUGGUUCAAGCUAUAUCAAGGCACUUUGUGAACCAAGCUGUCAAGGAAGCUGAUUCCGUGACAUGCUUCCUCUACGCCAUCCGCCAUCGAGACAGUGUCAUGCGGUUACCACUGAAUGUAUAAAAUGAAGAAGAAGCUGUGCUUUUCUCCUUGUUUCUUUCAUGUUACAGUCCUCUUUUAUUCCUUGUAAAACUUUCUAUUCCCCAUCAUCUUUCGUUAAUACAGAUCGUUUGAAACAACAUGCAUACCACACGUGCAGACUUCAAGUCGUUCAAAGUAGAGCUUUAAUAUGAAACAACA